CCAGUGACAUGCUCACGGUGGUGCCACUUAAUUUUUUUUUGUGGGGGAGGAUUUUGUGGGUAUCGUUACUCAGAACAUUUUUUUCAUAUUUUCACUUCCCGACACCUGAGGAUAAAUACGAGGGAUUUGACCUUGGCACCAGACUAAAAGGUGUGGCAUCGAGGUGAGUAUGAGCGAAAGUGAGGACCGGGAUGAGAACGGGGGCUCGUCGGCUGUGAGGCGAGCGAGUCGAGAUUAGUCGCCAGGGAGCGCACGCGCAGUGAGAACGCGUAAUUCGACAGGCGCGCCGGGUCUUCCCCCUCAGGUGAUCCGUCAGUUAAGACUGCUGCUUGCUAGUGACUGGAACUCAGGUCGAAGUGACUUUAGAGACCAAAGCUGUGAUGAUUUUUGUUCUUCUCGACUAAACUCGCUACAGUUAUGCCCGACUUGCGUCUGAGUUCGCUCCUGACCGUCCGCGGAACCAGAAGGCAUUUUCAACCCAGCGUCUGGAUAUUACUAAUCGUCAUUAGCUUCGCGAAUGGAGUUUAUGGAGGAGACGGAGAUGCAAGCGAUCCCUUCGGCGACGCUCCUCCUGGCGGCGCCGUGGCAGAAGGGCGUAUCCUGGGCCUCGACGUGGGAGAUGAGAAUACCAACUUCCAGGCGGGGAUGUGGCUGCUGGCGCUCGUGAGUCUCCUCGCCACGGCCAUCCCUGCGGUGUUUUUGGACCCCAGCCUCGGCUUCAGGAAGCGGAGGAAGCGACACGCGGCUUACGAAGGGCACCACGACGCAGAGGGCGACGCUGGAGCUGCGAUAUUUGGGGAAGAGUGGAGGAGGGUCCUGAGAAUGGUGCAAAGGGCGAGGGGAAGCUACGGAAGAUGACGAGAGAUGGGUAAAGGUGCACGGGAGAAGAUGCCGCCGAGAGAGGCUCGCUUUUCCAACUGAAAUUAGGAUGUGUAUAUACGUCUGUGAUGCUUGCACGUCGGGAGUGUGACUGGCAUUAUAUUGUUGUGUUUUUUGUAAAUGUUGAGAUAUUUGUUAUAUGAGAGAACGGAUAAUAAAUAGAAUCUUAAUAUUUACAGUUUUAUUUCAUUUAGUACGUUCUGUUGAAAAAAAAAAAA